AUGGAACUCGACCACCACCACGAACCGCAACCACAACAACACCCAGAAGCAUCUCCUCCCAAUGCCAUCGACCUCGUCGGCGGCCCAUUCGCCGUAAUCGAGUCCGAUCCAGGUGUCUUCACCUCCCUCACCCGGCGCCUCGGCAUCCCCGGCCUCGAGCUCAUCGAGCUCUACGACAUCGAGCCCUGGGCCGUCGACCACCUCAACCCGCACGGCCUCAUCCUCUGCUUCCUCUGGAAAAAGGACGCGCACCGCCCAACGGACUUCGCCGACCCCGCCGCCGAGCGCGUGUGGUUCGCGCACCAGCUGAGCGACGACGCGUGCGCGACACAUGCCAUCCUUAAUGUCUUGCUGAAUUGCCCGCGUGUUGAGCUUGGAGAGGAGCUGAGUGCGUUUAGGAGGGAGACGGAGCGGAUGUCGCCUGUGAUGCGCGGGCUGGCCGUUACGAAUUCGCGUAUUAUCCGCCCUGCACACAAUUCACUAGCAAGACCAGCGGACAUCCGAUCCUCGAUCAGCAACCUCGCAAUCACCACACUCGACGCGGAGAAACAGAAAGAGAAGGGUCUUAAAGCGAAAGCAAAGCAGGAAGCCAAGGAAAAGGAGAAAGAUGGUCCACCACCAGCUAAACGCGCUAAAACUGGUGCAACACAGGCCAAAGGCUCUGCGAAAGCGAAUGCUAAUGCGAAAGGCAAAGGGAAAGGGAAAGACAAGGAGAAGGAGAAGGCGUCCGCAAACGCCAAACCAAGAGCGGAAGCAAAGCGGAAGCGGAAGCGCAAGUCCAAGUCCAAAUACGACUACGAAGACGACGACGACGAAGACGAAAUACCCGACGAAGACGAAGAAGAUGAUGAUGAUGGCGGCGGUUCAGACGAUGAGGACGAUGAGGACGAGGAAGGAAAGGGCGAACAAGCCGAAGAAGAGACGUACCACUUCAUCGGGUACGUCCCCGCACACGGGAAAGUAUGGGAGCUCGACGGGCUCAAAUCCGGUCCGCUCGAAGUCGGCGAGCUCCCUUCCCCUCCUCCCCCACCACCUCCCUUGUCCUCGUCCUCCCCAUCAUCCACCUCCCCCACCUCUACCUCCCCCUCCCCCUUGCCUUCCUCCUCUUCACACCCACAUAACACGAACCCGCACCCGCAUAACGGAUGGAUGGACAUCGCGCGCCCCGCCCUCCGCCUCAAAAUGGACAAAUACGGCGGCUCCGCCGCGGGCGGGAGCAACAUCCGCUUCAGCCUCCUCGCUAUCGUGGAUGAUGCGUAUUGCGCGGCGCAGGAUGAGUGGGAGUUUUGCAGGCGCGAUUGGGUGGGGUUGCAGAGGGCGCUGAGCGGGAGCGCGAUCCCGAAGACGAAGACGAGCAGCGCGGGCAUGGAUAUGCAGAGUGGAUGGGAGACGAUGGUCGAUCCUACUCUGCUCGCCGCUGCAGACGCGGCGUUCACACCGCCUGUGUACCCGCUCCCUCCAUCUGCAUCUGCCUCUACAUCGGUACCUGUUCCUCAUAUACACCCACAUGCACACGAUACCUCCAAGGACCCCUCUCCACUCUCUCCACUCUCUCCUCCUCCACUAACACCACCAUCAUCAUCAUCACCACAGCCAACCACAGCACCGCAAACGCAAACGCAAACACAAACACAAACGCACGCGCAGAACCACACAUCCACAUCCACAUCCACACUCACACCAUCAACCCCCCGCCCACUCACACUCAAACCGUUCGCGCACGACUUCGCCUCGCGCCGUAUGGCGCGCGAUAUGCACAUUAUGCGUCUCGCCGAGUCGCUAGACCUGGAUCGCAGCACGCAAUCUUCAGAGGUGCAGACGAACGCGCAAUCAUCAGACGCGCAGAAGAAGAAGAAGAUGGAGACCGACACCGAGACCGAGACACAGAAGGAGAAAGAGACGGGUAUUAAAAGCGCGGUACCCGUACAAUCGCCAGCGCCAGUACAAGCGCAAGCGCUAGCGCGCGAAUGGGAAAAAUGCGUGCGCGAUGGGAUAAGAGCUAAGAUCGCGCUCGAAGAUGAGAUUGUGAAAGGUGUGCGUGCGAAUACAGACGACAUCAAACGGACAUUCGACUACGACCCCUUCAUCCGCGCCUAUCUCGCUCAUCUGAAAGAUGAACAGCUUUUGUACCCUCUCUUGGGAAGGGAUGAGGAGGGGAGGAAGGUUAGAGUUGGUGGGGCGGGAAGAGGGAGGGGACGGGGAGGGGGACGGGGACGGGGGAAAGGAUGA